CACAGAGCACCUUUUUCUCUCUCUCUCUCUCUGUUCUCUUCGGUCUGAUCGAAACCCACAAGCUACAGAUCCCCCUUGAGAAAUCACGGUGUGGAAAUGGGGUCUGGAGCCAGAAAUUUCCUUAGGGUGCUUCUCAGCAACUUCGAUGUUCUUGCUGGCCCCUUGAUCAGUCUCGUCUAUCCUCUAUAUGCCUCAAUUAAGGCAAUUGAGAGCAAGUCUCCUGUGGAUGACCAGCAAUGGCUCACUUACUGGAUUCUCUAUUCCAUGAUCACCCUAUUUGAGCUUACUUUUUAUAAAGUUCUUGAAUGGAUACCUAUCUGGUCAUACGCAAAGCUGAUAUUAACCUGCUGGUUGGUCCUCCCCUACUUUAAUGGUGCUGCCUAUGUUUACGAGCAUUAUGUGAGACCCUUGUUUGUCAAUCCUCAGACUAUAGUAAAUAUCUGGUACGUGCCAAGAAAAAAGGACUUCUUCAGUAAGCCAGAUGACAUUCUAACUGCUGCAGAGAGGUACAUUCAAGAGCAUGGAACAGAAGCAUUUGAAAAUAUGAUCAACAGGGCUGAUAAAUCAAGGAGGAGGAAUGAUGGCUAUACAGCGUAUGAUGAUCACAGUUAUGGAUACUGAGUAUUGUUUCUUCAAUCAUGUAAAAUGCAGUAUUGUAGCAUGUCUUGGAUGAUAGGAUGGGUUUCAUGGACAUGUUCGCUCGGUUCUUUUACUUUGUUUUCUUCUUGUCGUUGGAGAUAGUUGAUUUUUCCCCGUGUCCUCGCUUGUCUUGUAUGGUAUUCGAUAGUAUGUAAUUAUCCCAGGCUUGGUCAUGCGUUUGAACUUCCAUGGUCGUGACACCAAGGUACAUAGAUAAUGGAGGUACAAAAGCAGCUGUGUUGAUAUUAUUCAUAGUUGGCUCGCAUCCCCCUCCCCCCUCUUUCUCUAUCUCUCUCCCCCUCUUCCCCCAUUUUAGCGAUUCAAGCAUAUUGAUUCACCAAAAGCACAGUUCAGGACCUCAAGCUGAAGCUAAGCCUGGAUGAAAGGGUUCUUUCUGCUCAAGAGGUGCUCGUUUGAGGGAUCCAAUCUUGCAAUGUGAAAUAGUUAAAGGAGGCUUGUAAACUUACUGGUGUCCAGCGGUUGGCGACAAUGACUUCAUGUAUGGAAUUUUACCGAAGAAGAUGAUGAAAUUUUUGUGGAUCUGGCGAAUAUCGUUGAUUUUGAGUUGUUAUGCUUUAAUUCAUGAGAUCAGCAUUGAUUCUUGAGUUUGUUAACAAAUUUCUUAAAUGGUUUUGUUUGCUUCUGUAUA